GCAGAAAGAGAAAGAGAGAGAGAGAGAGCAGAGAAAAGACAGAAGACAGAAGACAGACAGAUAAGGGAAGGGACAUUCAUCUGCUGCCUCACUCCACAGAGUUAACACACCAGGGCUUUUGGCUGCAUCUCUACGCAAGCAAAAACAUUCAUUCAAUUUUUCUGCCCAGGGCGCAUGCUCAAAACCAACGGACAGUGCAGCUGUUUUAACCAGGAGUCCGUAGAGACACUGAACCAUUUUAAAGAUGACCACUUCAUGGAGUGACCGACUGCAGAACUUUGCAGACUUGCCUGCCAACAUGGACAGACUGUCAAUGAAAAAAUACAGGAGAGAGCCCUACCACAGAGUAUUUGUUAACAGAAGUUUGGCCAUGGAGAAGAUUAAGUGCUUUGGCUUUGACAUGGAUUACACUUUAGCAGUGUACAAGUCACCGGAGUACGAGUCACUGGGCUUUGAGCUCACAGUGGAGCGCCUGGUUUCCAUCGGUUACCCCCAGGAGCUGCUCAGCUUUGUGUAUGACCCGUCCUUCCCCACCAGGGGCCUUGUGUUUGAUACCAUAUAUGGAAACCUGUUAAAGGUCGAUGCCUAUGGUAAUAUCCUGGUCUGUGUCCACGGAUUCAACUUCCUGCGAGGCCCCGAGACUCGUGAACGGUACCCAAACAAGUUCAUCCAGAGAGAUGAUACGGAGCGCUUUUAUAUCCUCAACACGCUCUUUAACCUGCCAGAGACCUACCUCUUUGCCUGCCUCGUUGACUUUUUCUCCAACUGUGACAGAUAUGCAAGCUGUGAAACCGGCUUCAAAGAUGGUGAUCUUUUCAUGUCCUAUAAGAGCAUGUUCCAGGACGUCCGCGAUGCCGUUGACUGGGUCCACUUCAAGGGUACUCUGAAGGAAAAGACUGUCGAGAACCUGGAGAAAUAUGUAGUCAAAGAUGGGAAGCUGCCUCUUCUGCUCAGCAGAAUGAAUGAAGUAGCCAAGGUUUUCUUGGCGACUAACAGUGACUACAAAUACACUCAUAAAAUCAUGACCUACCUGUUUGACUUCCCCCAUGGCCCCAAGCCUGGUACCUCCCACCGGCCCUGGCAGUCCUACUUUGACCUGAUCCUGGUCGAUGCCAGGAAGCCGCUCUUCUUCGGGGAGGGUACGGUGCUCAGACAAGUCGACACGACAACAGGGCGUUUAAAGAUUGGAACCUACACUGGACCUCUGCAGCAUGGGAUAGUCUACUCUGGAGGUUCAUCAGACAUUGUGUGCGACCUGCUGGGAGCCAAGGGCAAGGACAUAGUUUACAUCGGGGACCAUAUCUUUGGAGACAUCCUCAAGUCCAAGAAGCGUCAAGGCUGGAGGACGUUCCUGGUCAUACCCGAGUUGGCCCAGGAGCUGCACGUGUGGACGGACAAGAGCUCAUUAUUUGAGGAGCUGCAGGGCCUGGACAUUUUCUUGGCUGAACUUUACAAACAUCUGGACAGCAGCAGUAACGAGAGACCAGACAUCAGCACUCUUCAGAGAAGAGUCAAGAAAGUGACACAUGACAUGGACAUGUGCUACGGCAUGAUGGGAAGCCUCUUCCGCAGCGGAUCCAGACAAACCCUGUUUGCCUCGCAGGUGAUGCGUUACGCCGACCUGUACGCCGCCUCCUUCAUCAACCUCCUCUACUACCCGUUCAGCUACCUCUUCCGAGCGGCUCACGUCCUGAUGCCCCACGAGUCGACGGUUGAGCACACACACGUGGACAUCGACGCCGAGUCGCCGCUGGCCACGCGCAACCGCACCCACUGCAGCGAAUGCAAGGACCUCGAUUGCAAGCGCAACCAGCUGACACGCUCCUUCAGCGAGAUCAAACCCCCCAACCUGUUCCCGCAGACUCCUCAAGAGAUCACCCACUGCCACGACGAGGAUGACGACGAGGAGGAGGAGGAGGAGGAGGAGGAAGAAGAAGAAGAAGAAGAAGAAGAAGAAGAAGAGGAGGAGUAAUAUGGCGGGAAACGGAGAGGAGAGCCAUGUUCCUGCUUCUGCCUUCAUGUUUUCCACUUGAGUCAGGUAGUGAUGUCUCUCUCUCUCUCUCUGUGAGUGAGAAUUAACAUCUCCAGUGUGUGUGUGUGUGUGUGUGUGUGUGUGUGUGUUUACUGUAACAGUGCUGUAUGCACACACACACACACACACACACACAUAUAUAUAUACUGGAGAUUUUUGUGAGGGAAAGUGUAACAAGGACCAGUAGUGAGACAGAUUGUUGCAUUCUGGGUCCUCAAAAAUCAAACUUUUUCCUCCAGCUUCAUUGUGAUAAUUGAUUUGAUUCCUGUAUUAUUUCCCGGUCAGACAGACAGACAGACAGACAGACAGACAGACAGACAGACAGACAGACAGAACACGCAAGUACAUGUUCACUUUAAUCCCCUCCAGACUUUGACAGUGAACUGUGUUGUCACUGCCUCUGUGGACACAGUAAACAAACACUUAACAGUUCUCAGUGUUGGAGGAGGAAAAAAGAAAAUAUAUGCACAUACUGUAUAAAAGUAGAAUUUUUUUUAUGCAAUAUGGGAACAAUGGUUGUUUUUUUUCAUGUUUUCUUUCAUUUAUUUUGUCCAUUUUCUUGUCAUGACAGAGGAGUCAUUUGUUCCAUCUUGUAAUUGCGUGUGUGUGUGUGUGUGUGUGUAUAGACUCACACUGUAGCAUCCUGAGUGACAGUGAGCUACAGAUCAGCUGGAUUAUAAGCUGAAGCACAGGAGCACUGAAGCACAAGCAGGUGCCAAAUCCAUUAAAUCAUCAUCAGAUGCAAAUUUUUUUAUGUUUAGAGAACAUGUGGCACACAAAGUGAUAUUCUGUCACCUAGCAACAACGAGGGCAGAUGCAACUGUGUAAAAUAAAUGCCAACAGUCUCUAUGGCAACCCCA